AUGGGCGAAUCGUCGGCCGGGUGCGGCAAGACUCCCACCAUCACCAGCAAGCAGUACUCGAUGACGGUCAACGGCAAGAGCCGGCAGUACAUCAUGAAACUCCCCAACAACUACGACAAGAGCCGGCCGCACCGGCUCGUCUUCACGUGGCACCAGCUUGGCGGCAGCGCGCAGAAGAUCGUCGACGGCGAGGACACCAGCCGGGGCGGCGCGCUGCCGUACUACGGGCUCAACGCCAUCGCCAACAACAGCGCCAUCUUCGUCGUGCCGCAGGGCCUCAACGCCGGCUGGGGCAACCAGGGCGGCGAGGACGUCACCUUCUUCGACCAGCUGGUCAAGGCCGUCGAGGCCGACCUCUGCGUCGACACGCGGCUGCGCUUCUCGACCGGCUUCAGCUACGGCGGCGCCAUGUCGUACGCGCUCGCGUGCGCGCGGCCCAAGGACAUCCGCGCCGUGGCGGUCAUCUCGGGGUCUCAGCUGAGCGGAUGCACUGGCGGGAACGAUCCCGUGGCCUACUACGGCCAGCACGGCACGUCGGACUCGGUGCUCAAUGUUUCUGGAGGGCGGCAGCUGCGCGACCGGUUCGUGCGCAACAAUGGGUGCACGGCCGUGGCGGAGACGCAGCCCAGCGGCGGCCGGUCGGUCAAGACCGUGUACCAGAACUGCAAGCCGGGAUAUCCUGUCACCUGGGUCAUACACGGCGGCGACCACAACCCGAGUCAGAAGGACGGUAGCGUAAUAUUCGCGCCGCAGAACACCUGGGACUUUUUCACCCAGUUCACCUGA